CUCGAAGUGAGGCCGUUUUACCGUAUUGCACAGAGUAAACACGCAAAAUCUGUAACAUUGGGAAGAAUAACAUCAUACAAGUGGAAAGCUGAGAAGGUGUGUGGAAAUUCUGCCCUGAUGUUUCGUGGUAGGAUUCAAUUUUUGGAUGGAAAGGCUGAGAUCAUACACAUUUCAGUUCCACAAUAAACAGUAUUUAUAUCAGACGUAGUGCUAAGAGUCGAUCACAGCAAAGACAGAAGAAGAACAUCGUCAUCAUCUUUUUGCCGACAUCAUCAUGAAGACUCUCUACUUCACUCUGGGGCUGCUGCUGCUCACCGCCUGCUGCUGCAACGCUUUGCCCAAAGGUCUGCAGUUAGCACCCGGAAACUGCUGCUUCAAGUUUUACACUCGGGGGUUACCAUUAAAUCUCGUAUCGGGCAUAACCAAGACCCACAGCUCCUGUCAGCAGAAGGCAUUCAUAGUUCAGACUGUCAAAGGAAGACAGAUCUGCUACACACAAACUUUCCAGUGGGCUCUGGAUACCUACAAUCAGCUCCACAACACUGAAAGAAGCAGUCAGCAGUAAUGAAGAUGUAUUAUUGUACAAUAAUUUAUUAAAUGAA